AAGGGGAGUGCCAUUCACUGGACUGCCAGGGACAGCCCAUUUCCUUUGGCUGUGCGUGUGUGUGUGUGUUAUCCGUUUCCUGCCAUUUUAUCGCUUUUUUCAGAAGCAGGCGAGAUAAAAAUGGUGUUAUGUGCAUGUUACACAGCCUGGCACUGGUGCCAUCCGUGACGUGUUAGGUAACUUUGGGUGGGAAGGACGAGGGGGUCACUUCAUGUUCAGUGUUCUACAGUGGUAGUGAACAAGUGUUGUGGUGUUCUGAAACACAUACUGCAGAUACUUUAUAGAAAAAUUUGUUGGAUGAUCAGUAGAAACUAAUUACCAGAAUGGUAUCCAGUAGUGGAGGUCCAGAAGGGGGAACAGGGAAGGAUGGACGGGAAGUUAUGGAGGAGGAAGAAGCUAUUAGACUGUCACUUACCCCUCACUUACAUGCCUUCAUGUUGGCCUCUCACCGGCGCAACUCCUGCUGCCCCAUGCUUUUUGAGCGAGCUGCCUCUACCUGGUGGGAUCCCAGAUUUGACAGUGACAUUCUUGAAGGACAAUACCAACAGUCAUCAUUACCAACACUUACUCUUCGGUUUCAAUAUGCAUUAAUUUACAUAAUGAUGAGCACCAUUACCUGGGCAUUGUACUGGGUGAUCUUACGCACUUCGCACUGGCCCUCAUGCUUUGCUGUUGCCCUAACACUUGCUGUUGCCUCCAUCUCACAACUUGUAUAUACUCGAUCAGAGAGCUAUAAGAGUCAUCAGGUAGUUGUGUCUGUAGUCAUGUCCGUAUCCCUGAUGUUGGUGAGCCUUUUGCCAUAUUCACUACAUCAGUCAUCCUCCGAGAUGAUUCCUGAUCUCUCGGAAGUGGCAAUGUUUGCCAUUUGCAUUGAAGUAUUGCUCCUCAUCUACACAGUCAUUCCCCUGCCACUGUAUCUGACUGUGACUGUGACAACUCUGUACUCAAUUACUUUUGAGUUCAUUAAUGGAUUCAUCGUCGAUCAUAAGGCAAUUCUGAUAGGUGUCAGAAUAGGCCUGCACAUCUGCAUCCACCUAAUUGGUGCACACAUUAUGAUAAUGACUCAGGUGCGGAUGCGUGGUACCUUCAUGAGCAUUGGACAAUCGUUGCUAGUCCGAGGCCAGUUAGAGGUAGAGAAGGCACUGAAGGAGAAAAUGAUUCACUCGGUAAUGCCUCCUAAAGUAGCUGAUUGGCUCAUGAAAGAAACUCUCGCUGAGGAAAAUGAAGACUCUGCCAAUUAUGGAGAAGAUGGUGCCAUACUGAGAAAUGUGCCAUCACCGAGAACAUCUCAUACAGGCGAUAUCCAGACACUCUUCAGGCCAUUCAACAUGCAUGGAAUGGACAACGUCAGUAUUCUCUUCGCUGACAUUGUUGGCUUUACACGGAUGAGUUCCAACAAAACAGCAGAACAGCUUGUGGGUCUUCUGAAUGAUUUGUUUGGCCGAUUUGAUGUCCUAUGCAAGAAAAAUAACUGUGAAAAAAUUAGUACACUUGGAGACUGCUAUUACAGUGUUAGUGGCUGCCCUGAGCCCAGACCAGACCAUGCUGAGUGUUGUGUUAACAUGGGAUUGGAUAUGAUUGAUGCAAUUCAGGAAUUUGACACCGACACCAAAGAAAAUGUCAAUAUGCGAGUUGGAAUUCAUACUGGCAAGGUAUUAUGUGGUAUUGUGGGAACAAAGCGUUUCAAGUUUGAUGUUUGGUCAAAUGAUGUGAGUCUUGCCAAUGAAAUGGAGUCAACAGGAAGGCCAGGUCAAGUUCAUGUAUCAGAAGCCACCCUUAAGUUCCUACCCAAAGAUACAUAUAUUACUGUAGACGGACAAGUUGUUAAAGGGCUAAAUACAUACUUCAUUCUGGACUUUGAAAAUAAGCAAGUGAGUGCUGACACCCUUGGAAGUGCUGAUGAUCAAUAUGAGUCUCAUUUGCAGUCCAAGGAUAGCAAGAAGGCUUCAAGUUUGCCCAAUAUCCUAGAUUGUGGAACAGAAUCUGAUGGAAAUGAAAAAAUUAAACCCAAGACCUUGACUGGUGGGACAAAGUUUAGACGGUCUCUAGCUCCAGCAAUUGAUCUACCACGCCUAAGACUACCCAAGAUCUCCAGACAUACUGACAAAAGCACUCUGCCCCCAGAGACCUCUGACUGUCACACGCCCAACCAAAUGUUGGCAGGCUUUAUCUACAGUGUCCCAGAUGUUUCUGCACUCACAGGCACGGUCAGCACACACCCCAGAUGCCCCAGUAGUGCUCAUGGGCACACUUCACAGCGGAAGGCCAAAGCAAAAACCACAUCUUUACCAAAGAUAAGCAGCAAAAGUGACAAUGCUGUUAAGUCACAUGAUUGGUGUGACUUGUGGAGUGGGUUUGGAAGUGGCCUGAGAGGUGUUAGUGAUGGGGAUUGCAACAGCCCCACAGUCCUCACCCCGACCAUCAACACUGCGCCCCCAAUGCUCACACAGGCACCAAUUCCCCCACCUCCUACACCCAACGCACCUCCCCUGCCCAACCCACCAGCUUCGCCCCAAACUCCCAGGGAUGUUCUGCAGAACUCUUGGGGAAGUAUUUCGGGAAAAGAUCCCAGGAAAGACUCAGGAAUUCGCAGCAGAAGAUCAAGCAUACAGGCACAGCUAUUUGCAAUUAAUGGUAUGAGCCCAGGAGACUUGUUAACACAUCGUGUCAGUGGUUACUACACAUCCAGUCAGUCUUCAGUUGCCGACCAUAAGUAUGUUGAAGCAGGUGAAGGUGGUUGUGGACCCGAGCCAAGUAGCAUCCCCCUCAAUGAGAGCCUAACACGCUUUCAUCAGCUGCGCAAGCAAUCAGAUCUUCAGCUGAUCAAAUGCAUGCAACAAAAUGAAAAUCAUCGGCAAUACAUUGAGGCACCACCAUUGUCUCAUGCCACAUUAUUUUUUGUGGACGAGGAGCUUGAAAAACAAUAUCGUCAGCAGGCUCACAAGCCAAGGCUUGAUUCACCCCCUACCUUAGUAUCUACUCAUUUUAAUACUUUUUUUGAUAUCUUGGUGAGUGCACUUGUAUACAUAGUAGUAAGCAUCUCACUUUUUCUGUUAUUUCCUUAUACACUAGGUUGGCUAUUGCUGUGCCUUUUGUCAACAUGUUGGCACCUACUCUUGUUGGUGCUGUGUUCGUCUCAAGUUAUCCGAGGAGAUAGUGGUUGGCUAGCAUCCGCUACCUUUACACAGAUCUAUGCAAAAUUGACACGUUGGCACCCUUGGCAUGUUUGUGGUGCUUCUAUAAUUUGUCUGCCGCUUGCAGCAGUCAUGUCUAACUUUUCUUGUGAUCUUUCAGAGGAAAAUAACACAAAAAGGUUUUUCUGUUACCUUACAUUUGUGGCUGUAAUACAUUUAUGCAACUUCACACAGUUAAACUGUUGGAUGAAAAACAUCUUGGCAACAGUUGGAAUAGUAAUACUGUUGGUGCUUGUGUCACCAUCACUAUGUCCAAUGCUUAGUAAGCUGAAUGAAAAUUCCAACAGUAAUAGUAGCUUGACUAAUUCAGGACAGGUGACUGAUACUAUGGCUCAGUUUUUUUACAAAGAGGUAGUGGUUGCUGCAAUUUUAUUAGUGUUGUUAGUAUGGUUUCUCAACCGGGAAUUUGAGAUCAGUUAUAGACUGAGUUUCCAUGGGUCUGUAAUGGCUAUGAAAGAUAAAGUGCAGGUACAGACCAUGAAAAACCAAGCAGACUGGCUCCUUAACAAUAUUAUCCCGGGACAUGUUGCUGACUCAAUUAAAUCAACUGCAAAGUAUUCUGAGAACCACAAAGAUGUUGCUGUAAUGUUUGCAUCAAUCGUCAACUUUAAUGAACUUUAUGAUGAGGAUUAUCUUGGUGGGAAGGAAUACCUCCGUGUUUUGAAUGAGCUAGUUGCUGAUAUAGAUGAGCUCCUUUUGCGUCAAGAAUUCAAGAAUAUUGAAAAGAUUAAAACUAUUGGAAGCACUUACAUGGCUGCUUCUGGGUUGGAUGUUAAAGUUAGGCAAGGUAACACUGAUGCACAUCAGCAUAUAUUUGAACUAGUAGAAUUUGCUUUAGCAAUGCAGAAGGUUAUAGAUGACUUUAACCAAGACCUCAUAGAAUUUAACCUCAUUAUUCGCAUAGGACUUAACUUUGGGGAUGUAACAGCUGGAGUAAUAGGCACCACCAAACUUUAUUAUGAUAUCUGGGGGGAUGCAGUGAACAUUGCUUCCCGGAUGGAUUCCACUGGCGUACCAGGCCGCAUCCAAGUAAGUAAUAAGUGUGCAGUGGUUCUUAAUAGACGGUAUGAGCUAGAGCGGCGGGGCCAAGUGUUUGUCAAAGGAAAGGAUAAUAUGGAUGUCUUCUUGCUCAAAGGACGCCGGGAAGAUGCAUGAUAGGAUGUGCAAGUUUUAACUUGAAUGUAUAAUCCAGUCAUGAUGAUAAUUGUACUGAUUAUUAUAAACAUAUUUGCCAUAGUUUUUAUUUCUUGAGAUUAAAUAAUUAUUUUGGUCAUAAGUAACAUGUUUGAGGAAUCACAAAGCAAAAAAAAAAGCACAAAACAAAUAUGCUAAGAGAUGUUCUCAAAAGCUUUACCUUCGCAUGUUUGAAUGGGUAAUAAUUUGUCAAUGUAAAUAGCAUAGAUAAAACUAGAAUGUAAACUCCGAGCAUUUACCAAAGUCUUAUUAUUAUUUAUCUACAAAAAUAUAAACAAUUUACAGUAUGACAAAUCUGGCCGUUGAAGCCAGGUCAUGCCAAUUUUUUGUUUUAAAAGAUUACCCUACUCAGAUAUGUAUGCUCAAAUGAGUGGCAUUGGCAGUCUGUAUCAUGGUGUGAUUGUCAUGUUGAGAACAGAUUUCACAAGCACAAACUAUACCUACGUAUUUACAUUUCUGCUUAAGUUUUUAACAAAGAGGCUGUUGAUGUAAUGUGAGUGGAGGCGUUUAUUGUGCGUGAUUGUCACCUGUGUUGUGCGAGUCAUUGUGCGCUAACAAAUGACAGUAGUUGGGAAUCAUAGGUGAUGUCAUGAGUUUUAUAUACUCUGUAUUUACUAUUUUUUUAGAAUGUUAUUACUACUGUGUUUUGUGUACUGCAGUAAAUAACUUUUAUACCAAA